UCUGUUGGACCAAACACUUUUGUUGCAGUUCAAAACAUAGUUGAAGCCGUGCUAAACAAGUAUCAAAGCCAAGGACAUGAUCAUUCUAGACUGCCGGAGUUCCAAGUUUUCCUCAACGAUCACGCUUUGAAUGAUUUUAACACGCUCUUCAAGUCCCUUCCUCCCAACAGGAACUACUACGUUGCCGGCAUGCCGGGUUCCUUCCAUGGUCGUUUAUUCCCGAAUGACUUUCUUCACAUUGUACACACUUCCUAUGCUCUCCAAUGGCUUUCUCAGGUGCCUAAGGAGGUCGAGGACGUAAGCUCUCCUGCUUGGAAUAAGGGAAGGAUAUAUUAUUCCAGUGCUGGAGAUCAAACUGUCAAGGCUUACGCGGAUCAAUUCGCCGAGGACUUGGAUUGCUUCUUGCAUGCCAGGGCACAAGAGGUUGUCUGUGGAGGGUUGAUUAUACUCAUGGUCCCAGGCCGCACGGAUACAAGCCCUCAUACUCGAGUGUUUUCCAACAUUUCAUAUGACAUAUUAGGAUCUUGCCUUAUGGACAUGGCUAAGAUGGGAAUCAUAAGCGAAGAGAAGGUGGACUCCUUCAACAUACCUAUAUAUUUCUCCUCUCCUCAAGAACUAGAGGCGACCGUAGAACGAAAUGGUUAUUUUAACCUAGAAAGACUAGAGUGCCUCCCCCUAGAAAAGAGUCAAGACACUAUUCCACAGAAAGCAAGAGCCGUAUCAUAUCACAUCAGAGCUGGUUUGGAGUUCCUUUUGAAGGAGCACUUUGGACAUGAGAUCCUGGAUGAGCUUUUUGACUCGUUCAAUGAAAAGCUCGAAAAAUCUGAAGUCUUUCAGCUGGGGCUAACAUAUAGUUUGCUUGCAUUACUUAAACGCAAGGAAACAUGAUUGUCGUUGGAAGAUAAACUUGUAUUUUAAUAAUGGUUAAUGAAGACUUUAUGAAGACUUUUAAUUAAGUUCAUGCAUUAGCCGCCUAAUCAUUUUAUAUAUAUUUGGUUCAGUGUUUGUAUUACAAG